AUGCUCGCUCGAGCUCUCUGCCUCCUCGCCUUCCUCGCCCUCCUCCCGCCUCUGCCCGGGCUGCAUUCGCCGUACAACCUCGCAAAUGCCUACACGGUAGCCGUAUCGGACAAGGACGAGCUCAGGCAGACAUGCAGCGGCAUGUACGCCGGCAAGGGCAGCCGCAUCGAAGCCAUCUUUGACAAGGGAUCCACGGGGACAGCCGCCACCAUCUUCUACGAAUUCGAGGACUUUGACAAGCUCGGCAUCCCGUCAGACGAGCGCGACGUAUUUGGGUUCCAGAUCAAGACCUACAUUUGCACCGCCCAAGCCGUCCGGCAGAAGCUAUGCCAGCCCGAGGAUGUCGGCAAUUUCAUCACCGCUGACGGUGCCGCCACGGUCCAGAAGAAGCGCGUCGACUUCGCGCCCGGCGCCACGGAGCCAACAAACCUGACCUACGCAGUGGACCGGGACGGCUACUACUGUUUCGGUGCGACCGCGGUGCCCUUGACCUCGCUGCCGGCAAGCUCUUCCUCACAGGCCACGGUGCACGGCGCGUUCACUGGCAGGCUGACGUUCUACAACAGCUUCAAGGGCAACCUGCCCGCCGCCGAGCAUCCGAAGCUCACAUUCUACUUUUACCUGUCGGCCGUCUACGCCGUGCUGGGCCUGGGCUGGCUCUACCUGUGCAUCCGGCACAGAGAUGAGAUGCUGACGGUACAGCAUUUCAUCUCUGGCACCAUCGUCUUCUUGAUCGUCGAAAUGCUGGCCCAGCUGGCCUACUACUCGUACCUCAACUCGCACCUCAUUGAUCUGUUCAGGAUCAAGUCGGUCGAGGGCAGCUCGUCGGUGACGGCAGGUGCACGCUUCCUCCUUGUCCUCACCAGCAUCCUCGACGCGGCCCAGAACUCGGUCAGCUUCUUCCUGUUGCUCAUCGUCUCGAUGGGCUACGGCGUCGUCCGCCCGUCGAUCGGCCCCGUCAUGACCAAGGUUCGCCUCCUCACGGGCGCCCACUUUGUGUUUGGCGUGCUGUACUCGAUCGGCAUUGUGCUCCUCCAGAUCGACAAGGGCGGCGCCUGGAUCUUCCUCUUCAUCUUCCCGCUCGCCAUGACGCUGACGGCGCUGAUGAUGUGGACGAUGAACUCGCUCAAUCAGUCGAUCGAGUACCUCACCCAGCGCAAGCAGACGUUCAAGAAGGCCAUGUUUGUCAAGCUGCACCGCAUCCUGAUGGGCGCGAUCGUGCUCAUUUUUGCGUUUUUCGUCGUCUCGUCGAUCGCCUUUUCGCAGUCGGGCGGCGACGGCUUCGCGCCCAGCACGUGGCCGUACCGCUGGUUCCUCCUCGACGGCUGGCUCGCAUGCCUCUACCUGGCAGUGUUUGCCGCCAUCGCCUGGGUCUGGCGACCGACCGGCAACAACAUGCGCCUUGCCAUGUCCGACGAGCUGGCGACGGAAGACGACCCAGACGCCGAGGGCUUCGAGGUCGACACGUUCGCCCAGCACACGGGCGGGCCGGGCGACGACAGCGACGAUGAGGAGUCCAAGCCGUCCAGCAGCAGCGCCGCCGCCGCCGCGGCGGGGUCGAGCGCAUCGACGGCCGCAGGUCCGGCGCAGCACCGGUCGCACCAGUCGCACCAGUCGCACCAGUCGCUCGCCAACGACGACGUCGUGUUCGAGAUUGGCGACGAUGACGAGGCGGACACGUCGCAUGGCGCCAAGUCGAGGGGCGCGAGGGAAGAGGGGGGCAGCGAGGGCGAGAGGAUGGGCCUGAUGCACGACCACGAAGGGUCGCAGGAGACGCUGGUGCCGGGACGCAAGGGUGGCGACAAGCUCGACUGA